CAUUUCUAUCAGUAUGGUCGAUGUGCAGUGUCUGAGUGACAAUGAAUUGCGCAAGCACCUUAAGAAGCUUGGAUUUGCACCUGGCCCAAUAAUACCUUCCACAAGAAAAAUGUAUGAAAAAAAGUUAGUGCAAUUGUUGGUCUCACCUCCCUGUGAACUGCCUGUCACGAAGAGACUUCAAAAGCUGCAUGGACCUGAGGACAGCGAUGACAACGAAGAUCCAGCAGUAAAUAUCGUUUUGAAAGGAAAUAUCAAAUUCUCAAAGGACAAAGUCAAAGAAUGCAAAAAAAAACCAGUCAAUGAACUGAAAUGGCAGCAGGCAAACACGGGAAAGUCAAACUCUGGUUGUAAAUCCUGGAAGAUGCUAAUUAAGAGACCCGAGGCUUCUACUAAUAAAAGAAGAGUCUUAGACAUCUACUACCUGAGCCAGAAGCCCACAAAGGGAGGCAGGUGUGCUGCAAGACCCAUUCCGAGGAGUGGUCACAGGUGUGUCACCAAAGAGGACUUCUGCCAAGAGACCCAGAACCCGGAGAGCAGCCUUCUGUGCCAGAGCCCUGGCAACAGCUUCCCAUGGAGCUUGAAGCUGGCCAUCCUGGGCAUUUUCAUCAUUGUAUUGUUCGUCUACAUAACUAUAGAAAAGAAGCCGUUCUUGAGUUAAACCCUUUAGGAGCAAAGCAGAAGGGCCAGGGCUACAGCCAGGCAGCCCCCCCUAACCCCUGCCCUGAAGACUCCCCGCCCUACACUGGCUCUCCUGGGCUGUAUCUGGGUUCAGCUAGGUGGAGGAGCAAGGGCAGAACCAGGCAGCUAGGUACAUGAUGGUCUGUGAGUCAAGUAAGCCAUCAUUAAAGGUGCUAACACAUCAGAGGCUCUUCUGUAAAGGGAACUGCCUGGG